CCGAGCUGCUCCCGACGCGCGGCUGCUGCGGGCCGCCGGCCGGCCGCGCGGCGCCAUGAAGCUCUACAGCCUGAGCGUGCUCUUCAAGGGCGAGGAGAAGGUGCUGCUGCUGAAGAACGCGCACGACGUGUCCUCCUUCAGCUUCUUCCAGCGGUCCAGUGCCGCAGAAUUCAUGAUCUUCACAAGCCAACUUAUCGUGGACCGCUCACAGAAAGGCAGUAGAGCUUCAGUCCGGCAAGAAGGAUACUUAUGCCAUGUCUACGUGCGACCCGACAGCCUUGCUGGAGUGGCCAUUGCCGACAGCGAAUACCCCUCCCGAGUGGCUUUCACCCUGCUGGAGAAGGUCCUGGACGAGUUCUCCAAGCAGGUCGACAGGAUAGAUUGGCCAAUAGGAUCCCCUGAUACCAUUAACUAUACAGCCCUGGACGGUUACCUUAGCAAAUACCAGAACCCCCGAGAAGCCGACCCCAUGACUAAAGUGCAGGCGGAAUUAGACGAGACCAAAAUCAUCCUGCACAACACCAUGGAGUCUCUGCUGGAGCGCGGUGAGAAGCUUGAUGACCUGGUGUCCAAGUCCGAAGUGCUGGGAGUCCAGUCUAAAGCCUUCUACAAGACGGCCCGGAAACAGAACUCCUGCUGUGCCAUCAUGUGACAGCCACCAGUGAGGUCCCUGCCUGAACGUCACCGCCAUAUGCAUCAGGACUGCAGCCCCCAGAGUCUCUAGAGAGCCGGUCAGGGGGUCCAAGUGGGACAGAUGACGGUUCUCACUUUAGAGCUCCAGGAGGAACUGGGGGGUAUUGGAAGGGAUCUGGGGGUGGGGGACAUCGGAAUUCAUAUGUCUGGUAAUUUUGGAAAGGUAUUUGGGACCCCAAACGGUGUGUCUUUGGGGCCAAAUGAAACCAUAAAUUUUUCACUCAUGUAGAUACUGAACAGCUUGUUCUCCACUUUCCCUGCGAGGCCCGAGUGCCGCCCACGCGGGCACAGCCAGGGAGGCAGAAGCAGCUCUUUGCGGUGCCCCCAUCUGUCCAUUCAGCAUACUGACACUCCAGUCCAGGGGGCCCCAUUGUGUCUUGGGGUUCCUAUGUACAUUUACUGUGUUGACACUCAUCAGAGGCAGAGGGGCCGGCGCACUUGACGGCAGGCCUGCUGGGGAGUCCGCUUCGCUCCAGGGCUACGUGGAGAGGAGCAGGGUCCGAGUCUGCCCUUGGUCUGCCCUGGGCCUCAGGCCUACCCCAGCAGUGCUGGCCUGUGUUCUUAUGAGCAGUUCCCCUUUCCCUUAGGCAGCAGGGCUCCAGGCUGACGGCCUGAACCUACAGAUGGCCUUUCCUGUGUCCUGGGCACAGUGAUGCCUGGUGACUCCCUGAGCUCUCAGCCCCGAGUCCUCCUUCUGUGCCCACCUCCCCAGGGCCCCCUGCUUGUCUGCUGAGCAUCUCUAGGACUCAGACUCGGCCUCGAGAGAAGCCCUCUUGAGUGGCCCUGACAGUGUGGCCUCCUCCCUGGGGAGAGGUGCUGCUUGGGGCCCAGCUGAGCCCCUCCUGGGUGGAAGCUGGGAUCUGCGUGACUCGGAGGACCGGUCCGCCCGACAGACUCGCCUUCUUGCUGCCUUUUCUCUGGGCACUGAGCUGACCAAAGGACUUUGGCCAACCCCUAGAGUCGCCUGCCCACGUGAUUUUCUACUGCCAGACCCUCGGGAGGCACAGACUUGGCCUCAUGAGCAUCUCACAGGGCUGGGGGAGGAGGGCACAAGGGCAUGACCCUCGCGGAGCAGGUCGAGGAGUGGGUCCUGCCCCUGGCACAGCAGGAAACCAUUUGGCAAAGAAUGUCAUUUUAAUAACUGGCCUAACAGCGAUGUUGAAGAGGUUCCGGUUGGGAUAAAAUUGUCUUUGAAAUU